ACAACAUUCUCUUUCACGACUGUCGUCUGUCAAGUCACGGACCUCAUUCGUGUAUUUUUGUAAAUAUUCAGAUUAUUUACAAGCAUCGUUGUUAAUUUAAGCCGCAACUAUGGUUCAAAAGAAGCCCAAGAAGAAGACCGGUAAGAAAGUAGCGGCAGCCCCCCUCGCCGUUAAGAAAGUAGAACAAAAAAAAGAGGUGAACCCCCUUUUUGAAAAAAGGAGUCGAAAUUUCGGCAUCGGCCAAGACAUCCAGCCCCCUCGCGACUUGUCUCGUUUCGUGCGCUGGCCCAAAUACAUCCGCAUCCAGCGACAAAAAGCCGUCUUACAGAAGCGUCUCAAGGUGCCCCCACCAAUCAACCAGUUCCGCCAGACCCUCGAUAAGCAAACCGCCACUCAACUUUUCAAAGUUUUGGAGAAAUAUCGGCCCGAGACUGAGCUCCAAAAGAAGAAUAGGUUGAAAGCCGCCGCUGAAAGCAAAGUGGCGAAGAAAGAGGAAGCCCCCCAGAAGCGACCCAACACUCUGCGGGCUGGCACUAACACCGUGACCAAGUUAGUGGAGCAGAAAAAGGCACAGUUGGUGGUGAUCGCGCACGACGUGGACCCCAUCGAGCUGGUUUUGUUCCUGCCGGCGCUGUGCAGGAAGAUGGGGGUCCCCUACUGUAUUGUUAAAGGCAAGGCGAGGUUAGGGUUGUUGGUUAGGAGGAAGACGUGCUCGGCGGUCGCUCUGACUAAGAUUGAGUCGGGUGAUAGGAGCAACCUCACCAAGAUUAUUGAGGUGGUUAAGACCAACUUCAAUGACCGUGCUGACGAAAUUAGGCGUCACUGGGGCGGCGGUAUUUUGGGGUCGAAGUCGGCUGCCAGGAUUGCGAAGAUCGAGAGAGCGAAGGCGAAGGAGCUUGCUCAGAAACAAGGUUAAUUGGUGUAGCCGGAGCUUAAAUAAAGUUUUAUAAAGUAAAAA